AUGAGAGCACUAUUUUUGCUCUAUUAUUUAUUCGUUCAACUGACGUUUACUUACAGUCUUAAUCAAUAUUUGGGUUGUUUUAUUGAUCAACUUGAUAAUCGUGAUUUGCAAAUAUUUAUCGGUGACUAUGAACAAUUAACUCCAGCACAAUGUAUUAUUGCUUGUCGAGAGAGAAAUUAUGAUUAUGCAGGUAUACAAUAUGGUAAUGAAUGUCGUUGUGGACAACAAUAUGGAAAAUAUGGUCGAGUAUCAGAAGAUGAAUGCAAUUAUGCCUGUAAAACAUCUGAAAAGUGUGGUGGUGACUAUCGAAAUAGUAUUUAUAGCGUAAUUGAAUCUGUUGAUAGAUCUAAAACAGACGCGAUAUGUUUAAAUACUGUUGUUGGUUAUCAAGGUUGUUUUAGUGAUGCAACAUUAAUUACUCUAACGGGUUUUGUGAAUUCAAUCGAAGAAUGCGUUUCACGCUGUGCUAUCAACUAUAAUUAUGCAGGGAUAGUGAAUGGUAAUUUAUGUCAUUGUGGUGAUGAUUUAAAUGAACCAUCUGUGAAUACAUUUCUAUGCAAUAUUCCAUGCAAUGGCAGUCGAAAUAAUAUGACGAUUGAUUGUUGUGGUGGUUUAGAUGUACUCAGUGUCUAUGAUGUUAAAAGCUAUCAAUAUCCUUCACCAGAUGAUCGAUCUAAAAUCAAUGUUCGAGAUGGAGAUCCAACGGCUAUAACUCAAGAAACAUCAUCACAUGCAAGUGUUAUAACAACAGCAAUAACAUUAUCUUUAAAUGUUACCGAUCAUGCAUCAACUACCAGUCAUAAUUUCAAUCUAUCCGAUUCUAGUACAGCAAGUACAUUAACUACUCCACAUAUUACAAUUGAUGCAAACUCAACAAUCGGUUUACUAUUAACAUCAAUACAAUCAUCAAAUACAACUUCAUCAGUAACAUUAUCCAAUACUUCGUUCAUUACCACUGUUCCCAAUACUGAUACAUCAACAGUGCAUCAAACAGAUUCAACUCACUUAACUAAUACAACAACUAUUACUGUCGCGAUAACGCAAUCAUCAUCCCAUAUAGAUACAUUACCUACAACUAUCAGUACAACAACAUCAAUUUCAACUACAAUACUAACAGCACAAUCUUCGCCACAUACUGAUGCAGCACAAACUAAUAUCAUCACUAUACCAAUUUCAUCAUCAUCACCACACACAGAUGCAACGACAACAGUCACAACUGGUAUUUCUUCUUCAGCUGCUCAUACGGAUACCAGUCAUAUAAUUGAUAUCAUUACAUCAAAUACUAUUCCUAUCACACAAUCUUCAACAGUUAUCUUGAAUACUCAAUCAUCUUCACAUAUAGGUGUAUCACAAGAUACGAGUACUAGCACAUUUCUAUCAACACACAUUGACACGACAACAAUAGCAAAUACUGGAAUAACAAAUACUAUGACUAUAUCAACUUCACCUACUAUAUCUACAAGCCAAUCAUCAUCAUUACAUGCAGAUACAAGUACUAUUACAUAUACUACGCUACAUAUGGACACGACUCAAACAAUGACGAACUCAGCUGUAAGUACAAUUACUACGUUGCCGACUUCACUUUUAACAAUUAUAAGUUCAUCAUUAUCGCACACUGACACAUCAGUAACUAGUGUAUUAUCAUCGUCUUUACAUACCGAUACAAGUCAAACACAUACAGACACAUCGUCCAGUACUAUUACUGUGAUAUCCAGCUCACCUAUCACUGCUACUAGUUCUACGGAAUCCUCAAUAACUAGUUCAGUUGCUACAUCAACAAUAGCAAGUCAAACAACGACGAUAUUAAGUACGAGUAGUUCAACUGUAGCAGCUUCAGUAACAACAACUCAAACAGCUGCAUCUACAUUGAUUACUACUAGUAUAACGAACACAACAAGCGCAACCGUUGUUACUUCGUCAAUAUUGUCUAGUGCAAGUGUUACCGUAUCUGCAACUAGUUCACUGACGACAACAACACCUUCUCAAACGUAUUCAAUAUUUACAGUAUUCAAAGUAUUUUCUCCAGCAGUCUUCAACCCAAAUAACAGUACUCACGUAGCAGCAAUUCAACAAGGUUUAGUUAAGGUUAUUACAGUUGGCUUUAGUUGUUUGAAUGAUUCAUCCAAUCCACAAUGUAUAUCAUCACGACGAAGACGUCAAGCAUGUCCAGCUUAUAGUGUUAAUAUUAUUCCACCGAUAACACUGAUAUCAAAUAAUGGUGUUAAUCCACAAUUAUAUAGAGUAAAUUAUACUGUAAGUGAUCUAUGUACAGCCGGACUAAUAUCAGCGACUCAAGUCAAAGAAGCUACCGACAAAGUACCAACGGAUCAAAAAGUUGCUUUAUUGGGUUAUACAGUUGAUGGUGAUUUGGUCCAGAGUUCAUCUAUCACAACGGAGCCUGCAGUUUCAGCACCUGAUUCUAAAUUAUGGAUUAUUGGUGCUGUUCUUGGACCGAUAGCAUUUGUUUUAUUACUUAUUGGUAUAUGUUGCUUUCUUUAUUUUAAAUGUCGACCAAGAGGAAAUAAUCCAAGCACCGCUCAGGCUGUCUACAAUGCUCCUAGAAUGUCUCGAGUACAGGAUUAUCAAACUAUUCCAGCUGACAAAAAGAGAGAUCAAGCUACACCUGCAAAUAAUUUUCGUGUAUUAACUCAAAAUGAUGUUCACACCAGUAAUACAGCAUCAGCUCAACAUUUUACACCUAUAGAAUUACAAAAACCUUUAAAUAAUCAACCACAAUAUCCGGCAUCAGUUGAAAUACCUAUGCAAGAAAUACGUCGUCAAAAUGAUGUUGAACGUUGGAGAAAUAAACUUCGUUUACAAGAAAAAUUUGAAGAACGUUAUGCAGAUCCAAUAACUGAUCUUGAUCGACUUCAUAAUUCAUCAAUGGAAAACAAAAUAACACCACCUAAUACAAAUCGUUCUAUGCCAUUACAACAUGAUACUCGAGCAUUCGAAGCGAACGUUUCAAAUAUGUUUAUUCAACCAGUUAAUGAAAUGAAUAUGUAUGGACAAACAUUAGCUGCACGUCGUAGACCUUUAGCUUCAGAAAUUGAAGAAGGACGAAAUCAAUUACAUCGUCUAUUAGAUGAAGUACUUGAUAAAACUGAACCAAUUCAACCGAUUCCACCAUAUAAUCCUGAUUCGGAAACUGAAAGACGAAAAAAUCGUCGUCAACGACGUCGUGUUCAUUCGACUACCUACGAUCCAAGAAAUUCUUCGAUAGGUCCUGGUAAUCUACAUGGUCAUCAUAUACCUGUCAUACCUGAAUUAUCGGAACGUCCUGAUCCAUCUCUUUUACGUCAUCAUUAUAGUCCAUAUGAAGCAGGUGAUCGUGCUUAUGAAAUUGAACGUUAUGCACCUGUUGCAUUAAAACCUAAAUAUACGUCUGAUGAUACUGAUAUCAGACAACGUUAUGGUCAAUCAUCUUAUCGAUCAAAUCCACCUUUAUUUUAUGAUGAUUCAAGAUUAACUGCUGGAAAUGUCAUAUCACCUGAUGUAUAUACUGUUCAAAAUCAUCAAACUCGUAUGCGUCAUAAUCUACAACGUCAACAUAGAUUCAAUGAAAAUGAAGUUUAUAUUGAUACCAUACCAAAACAACGAGAUGGACCACGUCUACUAGUACAAAAUGCAUGGUCAACAAGUGAAGAAGAUAAUAACAAUGCAUUUCAAUUAAAACCAUCAGAUUUAAAUAAUGAUGCACCAAAACGUAAUGACUUUCAUGAUGAAUAUCUAAUUGCUAAACAAAGUGUUGUGAAUACAAAAAAUUUAAUAUCAUCAAUACAAGAUGAAUUACAACAAAUCGUUGGUGAACCACCAUCUGACAAUUAUCAUGCGUAA